CCUGAACCCAAGCGGCAAUCAAACGAUUUCUCAUCGCUUGUUCUUCCUAUAACGAUUUCGCUGUUCUUCCUCUUCUCUCCGCCUAAGCGACAAUCAAUCGAAAACCAAUUUAUCAUCUCUUGUUCCUCAGAUUUUCCAGAACUUUUUCCUCCCUUCUUUACCGAUAUGGCAGACCAGGACACCGCAGCGGCAGGGGACGAUCUGUCGAGCUCCUCCUCUGUGGUUAAUCCGCCGAAAAAGAGCGGCACAACUGCCAAAUCGAAACAGCGGCGGAGUGGAUUAGUGGGCCGUCUGUUGAGGGGGAUCUUCGGUGGAGGGAACGACGACUAUGAGAAGCGGUUGAGUUACCUCUCUAAGGAGGAGGCGUCCGUCCAUGCCAGGAUGAAGAGGAGGGCUCUAAGGUCUCGCAGGAUGACGAGGAAUGUUAUCGUCUUCUCGUUUGUUCUUGAGGUAAUUGCGGUGACUUACGCGAUUAUGACAACAAGGUCACCGGAUCUGGACUGGAAGAUGAGGGCUUUAAGGGUUUUACCUAUGUUUGCCUUACCUGUCGCAUCACUUCUGAUUUACUUAGCAUUGACAAAUUUCACAAGGAUGCUCGAACGGAAGGAUCAGAACACACUAGAGAGACUUCGUGCGGAAAGAAAAGCUAAGAUAGAUGAGCUUAAAGAGAGAACAAACUAUUACGCCACCCAACAGCUUAUCGAGAGGUAUGACCUGGAUCCUGCCGCUAAAGCUGCGGCAGCAACCAUCCUAGCAUCAAAGCUGGGAGCAGACUCUGGCUUGAAGGUCUUCUUAGGAGAUGAUUCUACAGUUGCUGGCAACAUGGCAGCAGGUAAGAGCAAUGAUAUGGAGUUGGUGCAAUCCAAGGGACUUCGAAACAGGAAACCAUCUCAUUCAAGGCGCCACAGCACAGGAACUUCACAGCAGUUUGCUGAUGAUCCAUCCAUUGGCUACGACAAUGAAAAACACGAUGCUGACUUACAAAAUCAGAAGUUUGUUGAACAUUACCAGGGACCAAACCCUAGCGAAAGUGGAUGGCUGGCGAGAAUUGCUGCUCUGUUGGUGGGCGAGGAUCCGACCCAAUGCUAUGCUCUCAUUUGUGGCAGCUGCCAUAUGCACAAUGGUUUGGCCAGGAAGGAGGAUUUUCCUUAUAUUACAUAUUAUUGUCCACACUGCCGUGCAUUGAAUGGUUCACAGCAUGCUGAGGAAUAUGCUUUGGAUUCAAGUUCGGGUAAGGAUACUCCGCACACUUCCGGCGAUGGUAGUGUUUUCAGCAAUGUUUCCUCUUUGUCCGGUACUCCGACGGCCAGUAAGUUAGCACCUCUUCAUGGAUUGCCUGAAGAAGUUGAAGAGAUUUCAGAAAUGUAAUUAUACUUGUUUUUUUUUUUUUGCUGGUUUUGGAAAGCCUGACACUUGAGAGCUUCUUCUUUGUUGUAUUAAUUUUAUCUACAGUGAGAUGAGUUUGGAUAGAAGUUUGGUGGUGUUGUAUCAUGUAGAAAUUUAUAUUCCACAACAUUUUGUAUUUGGGAAUUUACAUCCCAACAAUUUUUUUUAUAUAUUUUCAUGUCUUUCAGCAA